UGCCUGGGGACUCGAAGAGGAUUUCGGAAAAACGAUGAAAUGAAAGCUAUGGAUGUUUUGCCAAUUUUGAAGGAAAAAGUUGCGUACCUUUCAGGUGGUAGAGAUAAACGUGGAGGUCCCAUUUUAACCUUUCCAGCCCGCAGCAACCACGACAGAAUACGACAGGAAGAUCUCCGGAGACUCAUCUCCUACCUAGCCUGUAUUCCCAGCGAGGAGGUCUGCAAGCGAGGCUUCACGGUGAUCGUGGACAUGCGCGGCUCCAAGUGGGACUCCAUCAAGCCCCUCCUGAAGAUCCUGCAGGAGUCCUUCCCCUGCUGCAUCCACGUCGCCCUGAUCAUCAAGCCGGACAACUUCUGGCAGAAACAGAGGACGAACUUCGGCAGUUCUAAGUUUGAAUUUGAGACAAAUAUGGUCUCUUUAGAAGGCCUUACCAAAGUAGUUGAUCCUUCUCAACUAACUCCUGAGUUUGAUGGCUGCCUGGAGUAUAACCAUGAAGAGUGGAUUGAAAUCAGAGUUGCCUUCGAAGACUACAUCAGCAAUGCAACCCACAUGCUGUCCCGGCUGGAGGAGCUCCAGGACAUCCUGGCCAAGAAGGAGUUGCCUCAGGAUUUAGAGGGGGCUCGGAAUAUGAUCGAGGAGCAUUCCCAGCUGAAGAAGAAGGUGAUUAAGGCCCCCAUUGAGGACUUGGAUUUGGAGGGACAGAAGCUGCUCCAGAGGAUUCAGAGCAGCGAUAGCUUUCCCAAGAAGAACUCAGGCUCGGGCAACGCGGACCUGCAGAACCUCCUGCCCAAGGUGUCCACCAUGCUGGACCGGCUGCACUCGACGCGGCAGCACCUGCACCAGAUGUGGCACGUGAGGAAGCUGAAGCUGGACCAGUGCUUCCAGCUGAGGCUGUUCGAACAGGAUGCCGAGAAGAUGUUUGACUGGAUCACACACAACAAAGGCCUAUUUCUAAACAGCUACACGGAGAUCGGGACCAGCCACCCUCAUGCAAUGGAGCUUCAGACGCAGCACAAUCACUUCGCGAUGAACUGUAUGAACGUGUAUGUCAAUAUAAACCGCAUCAUGUCGGUGGCCAAUCGCCUGGUGGAGUCCGGCCACUAUGCCUCCCAGCAGAUCAAGCAGAUCGCCAACCAGCUGGAACAGGAGUGGAAGGCGUUCGCGGCCGCCCUGGAUGAGCGGAGCACCUUGUUGGACAUGUCCUCCAUCUUCCACCAGAAGGCCGAAAAGUACAUGAGCAACGUGGACUCGUGGUGUAAAGCUUGUGGCGAGGUGGACCUUCCCUCGGAGCUGCAGGACCUGGAAGACGCCAUCCACCACCACCAGGGAAUCUACGAGCACAUCACCCUCGCGUACUCGGAGGUGAGCCAGGACGGGAAGUCCCUCCUUGACAAGCUGCAGCGGCCCUUGACACCAGGCAGCUCUGACUCCCUGACGGCCUCCGCCAACUACUCCAAGGCUGUGCACCACGUCUUGGAUGUCAUCCACGAGGUGCUGCACCACCAGCGGCAGCUGGAGAACAUCUGGCAGCACCGCAAGGUCCGGCUCCACCAGCGGCUGCAGCUGUGUGUAUUCCAGCAGGACGUGCAGCAGGUGCUGGACUGGAUCGAGAACCAUGGAGAAGCAUUUCUGAGCAAACAUACAGGUGUGGGGAAAUCUCUUCAUCGGGCCAGAGCUCUGCAGAAACGUCAUGAAGAUUUUGAAGAAGUAGCCCAGAACACGUACACCAACGCAGAUAAGUUACUAGAAGCGGCGGAACAGCUGGCUCAGACUGGGGAGUGUGACCCCGAAGAGAUUUACCAGGCUGCCCAUCAGCUUGAAGACCGGAUACAAGAUUUCGUGCGGCGUGUGGAGCAACGGAAGAUCCUCCUGGACAUGUCUGUGUCCUUCCACACCCACGUAAAAGAGCUGUGGACAUGGCUGGAGGAGCUGCAGAAGGAGCUGCUGGACGACGUGUACGCCGAGUCGGUGGAGGCCGUACAGGACCUCAUCAAGCGCUUCGGCCAGCCGCAGCAGACGGACUCGGCCAUCUCCAGUAACAAGGCCCCCCACAACAGCUCCAUCACGCACAUCGAGACGGUGCUGCAGCAGCUGGACGAGGCGCAGUCGCAGAUGGAGGAGCUGUUCCAGGAGCGCAAGGUCAAGCUGGAGCUCUUCCUGCAACUGCGCAUCUUCGAGCGGGACGCCAUUGACAUCAUCUCAGACCUCGAGUCCUGGAAUGACGAGCUUUCUCAGCAAAUGAACGACUUCGACACGGAAGACCUCACGAUCGCGGAGCAGCGACUCCAGCACCACGCCGACAAAGCCCUGACCAUGAAUAACUUGACGUUCGAUGUCAUCCACCAAGGGCAGGACCUCUUGCAGUAUGUCAACGACGUCCAGGCCUCUGGCGUGGAGCUGCUUUGCGAUCGAGAUGUAGACAUGGCAACCCGGGUCCAGGACCUGUUGGAGUUCCUUCAUGAAAAGCAGCAGGAACUGGACUUAGCCGCAGAACAGCACCGGAAGCACCUGGAGCAGUGCGUGCAGCUGCGCCACCUUCAGGCGGAAGUGAAGCAGGUGCUGGGCUGGAUCCGUAAUGGAGAGUCCAUGUUAAACGCCGGGCUGAUCACAGCCAGCUCCUUACAGGAGGCCGAGCAACUGCAGCGCGAGCAUGAGCAGUUCCAACACGCCAUCGAGAAAACCCACCAGAGCGCGCUGCAGGUGCAGCAGAAGGCGGAGGCCAUGCUGCAGGCCAACCACUACGACAUGGACAUGAUCCGCGACUGUGCCGAGAAGGUGGCCUCGCACUGGCAGCAGCUCAUGCUCAAGAUGGAAGACCGGCUCAAGCUCGUCAACGCCUCCGUCGCCUUCUACAAAACAUCCGAGCAGGUCUGCAGUGUCCUCGAGAGCCUGGAACAGGAGUACAAGAGGGAAGAGGACUGGUGCGGGGGGGCCGAUAAGCUGGGACCCAAUUCUGAGACAGAUCACGUCACCCCGAUGAUCAGCAAGCACCUGGAGCAGAAAGAAGCAUUCCUAAAGGCUUGCACACUUGCCAGGAGGAAUGCUGAUGUCUUCCUGAAAUACCUGCACAGGAACAGCGUGAACAUGCCGGGGAUGGUGACGCACAUCAAAGCUCCUGAGCAGCAAGUGAAAAAUAUCCUGAAUGAGCUCUUCCAGCGAGAAAACAGGGUGCUGCACUACUGGACCAUGCGGAAGCGGCGGCUGGACCAGUGCCAGCAGUACGUGGUCUUCGAGAGAAGUGCCAAGCAGGCCUUAGAGUGGAUCCAUGACAACGGGGAGUUCUACCUUUCCACACACACCUCAACGGGCUCCAGCAUCCAGCACACCCAGGAGCUGCUGAAAGAGCACGAGGAGUUUCAGAUAACUGCCAAGCAAACCAAAGAGAGAGUGAAGCUAUUGAUACAGCUGGCCGAUGGCUUUUGUGAAAAAGGGCAUGCCCAUGCAGCCGAGAUAAAAAAAUGUGUUACUGCAGUGGACAAGAGGUACAGAGAUUUCUCUCUGCGGAUGGAGAAGUACAGGACCUCUUUGGAGAAAGCUUUGGGGAUAUCUUCAGAUUCCAAUAAAUCGAGCAAAAGCCUUCAGCUCGAUAUCAUUCCUGCCAGCAUUCCUGGGUCAGAGGUGAAACUCCGGGAUGCCGCUCACGAACUUAACGAAGAGAAGCGGAAGUCUGCCCGCAGGAAAGAGUUCAUCAUGGCUGAGCUGAUUCAGACGGAAAAGGCUUACGUGCGAGACCUCCGGGAGUGUAUGGAUACCUACCUGUGGGAGAUGACCAGCGGUGUGGAGGAGAUCCCCCCGGGCAUCGUGAACAAAGAGCUCAUCAUCUUCGGCAACAUGCAGGAGAUCUACGAGUUCCACAACAACAUAUUCCUGAAGGAGCUGGAAAAAUACGAACAGUUGCCGGAGGAUGUCGGACAUUGCUUCGUCACUUGGGCAGACAAGUUCCAGAUGUAUGUCACAUAUUGCAAAAAUAAGCCUGAUUCUACUCAGCUGAUACUAGAACAUGCAGGGUCCUACUUUGAUGAGAUACAGCAGCGACACGGAUUGGCCAAUUCCAUCUCUUCCUACCUGAUUAAACCGGUUCAGCGAAUAACGAAGUAUCAGCUCCUUCUAAAAGAACUGCUCACGUGCUGCGAGGAAGGGAAGGGCGAGAUUAAAGACGGCCUGGAGGUGAUGCUCAGCGUGCCCAAGCGAGCCAACGACGCCAUGCACCUCAGCAUGCUGGAAGGGUUCGAUGAAAACAUUGAGUCUCAGGGAGAACUCAUCCUGCAGGAAUCCUUCCAAGUGUGGGACCCAAAAACCUUAAUCCGAAAGGGUCGAGAACGGCAUCUCUUCCUUUUUGAAAUGUCCUUAGUGUUUAGUAAAGAAGUGAAAGAUUCCAGUGGGAGAAGCAAGUACCUUUACAAAAGCAAAUUAUUUACCUCAGAACUGGGUGUCACAGAGCACGUGGAAGGAGAUCCUUGCAAAUUUGCACUGUGGGUAGGGAGGACGCCAACUUCAGACAACAAGAUUGUCCUUAAGGCUUCCAGCAUAGAGAACAAGCAGGACUGGAUAAAGCACAUCCGCGAGGUGAUCCAGGAGAGGACGAUCCACCUGAAGGGGGCCCUGAAGGAGCCCAUCCACAUCCCCAAGACAGCCCCGGCCACCAGGCAGAAGGGCAGGAGGGACGGAGAGGACCUGGACAGCCAGGGUGAUGGCAGCAGUCAGCCCGACACCAUCUCUAUCGCCUCCCGGACGUCUCAGAACACGCUGGACAGCGACAAGCUCUCCGGUGGCUGCGAGCUGACGGUGGUGAUCCACGACUUCACAGCGUGCAACAGCAACGAGCUGACCAUCCGGCGUGGCCAGACCGUGGAGGUCUUAGAGCGGCCUCACGACAAGCCUGACUGGUGUCUGGUGCGGACCACCGACCGGUCCCCCGCGGCAGAAGGCCUGGUGCCCUGCGGCUCUCUCUGCAUCGCUCACUCCAGAAGUAGCAUGGAAAUGGAGGGCAUCUUCAAUCACAAAGGGAGACAUAAGGAGAGAGGUGGGCCUCACGACAAGCCUGACUGGUGUCUGGUGCGGACCACCGACCGGUCCCCCGCGGCAGAAGGCCUGGUGCCCUGCGGCUCUCUCUGCAUCGCUCACUCCAGAAGUAGCAUGGAAAUGGAGGGCAUCUUCAAUCACAAAGCCUCUAGCCUCAAACCGGCUCCACUCGGCAUGCCCAACGGAAUUAAGCCAGUCGGCACGCUGGACCCUCUGUCGUCUGUCGGCCCAGCCUACUGCAGCGGCGGGCAGCCGGGCCCCUGCAAGUACUGGAUCCUCGACCUAGACUCGCUGUCCGUCUCCAGCAACGAUGCCAGCCCGCCCGCCUCGGUGGCCUCCCUGCAGCCCCACAUGAUCGGGGCCCAGAGCUCACCAGGCCCCAAGCGGCCGGGCAACACCCUACGCAAGUGGCUCACCAGCCCUGUGCGGCGGCUCAGCAGCGGCAAGGCCGACGGGCAUGUGAAGAAGCUGGCCCACAAGCACAAGAAGAGCCGGGAGGUCCGCAAGAGCGCUGAUGCCGGCUCACAGAAGGACUCAGACGACAGCGCGGCCACCCCGCAGGACGAGACCGUCGAGGAGAGAGGCCGGAACGAGGGCCUCAGCAGCGGCACGCUGUCCAAGUCCUCGUCCUCGGGGAUGCAGAGCUGCGGAGAGGAAGAAGGAGAGGAGGGGGCUGACGCCGUGCCCCUGCCCCCGCCCAUGGCCAUCCAGCAGCACAGCCUCCUCCAGCCGGACUCGCAGGAUGACAAGGCCUCCUCUCGGUUGUUAGUCCGCCCCACCAGCUCCGAGACGCCGAGUGCAGCUGAGCUCGUCAGCGCCAUCGAGGAACUGGUGAAGAGCAAGAUGGCACUGGAGGAUCGUCCGAGCUCACUUCUGGUUGACCAGGGAGACAGUAGCAGCCCCUCCUUCAACCCUUCAGACAAUUCCCUUCUCUCUUCGUCCUCGCCCAUUGAUGAGAUGGAAGAAAGGAAAUCCAGCUCCCUGAAGAGACGGCACUACGUUUUGCAAGAAUUAGUGGAGACAGAACGGGAUUAUGUCCGGGACCUUGGCUAUGUGGUUGAGGUCUACAUGGCACUGAUGAAGGAAGAUGGUGUUCCUGACGACAUGAAAGGAAAAGACAAGAUCGUGUUUGGCAACAUCCAUCAGAUUUACGACUGGCACAGAGAUUUUUUUUUAGGAGAGCUAGAGAAGUGCCUUGAAGAUCCGGAAAAACUAGGAUCCCUUUUUGUUAAACACGAGAGAAGGCUGCACAUGUACAUAGUUUAUUGUCAAAAUAAACCAAAGUCUGAGCACAUUGUCUCGGAGUACAUUGAUACCUUUUUUGAGGACUUAAAGCAGCGCCUCGGCCACAGGCUGCAGCUCACAGACUUGUUGAUUAAACCAGUGCAGAGGAUUAUGAAGUACCAGCUCUUGCUGAAGGAUUUUCUCAAAUACUCCAAGAAAGCUAGCCUGGAUACAUCAGAAUUAGAGAGAGCCGUGGAGGUCAUGUGCAUCGUCCCCAAGCGCUGCAAUGACAUGAUGAACGUCGGGCGACUGCAAGGAUUCGACGGAAAAAUUGUCGCCCAGGGGAAACUGCUCUUGCAGGACACAUUCUUGGUCACCGAGCAGGAUGGGGGACUUCUGCCUCGCUGCAAAGAGAGACGGGUUUUCCUCUUUGAGCAGAUCGUCAUAUUCAGCGAACCACUUGAUAAAAAAAAGGGCUUCUCCACGCCAGGAUUCCUGUUUAAGAACAGCAUCAAGGUGAGUUGCCUUUGCCUGGAGGAAAACGUGGAAAAUGAUCCCUGUAAAUUUGCUCUGACGUCGAGGACCGGGGAUGUGGUGGAGACCUUCAUCCUGCAUUCCUCCAGCCCAAGUGUCCGGCAAACAUGGAUCCAUGAAAUCAACCAAAUUUUAGAAAACCAGCGCAAUUUCUUAAAUGCCUUGACAUCACCCAUCGAGUACCAGCGGAACCACAGCGGGGGCAGCGGCGGCAUGCUCCCCUCGGCGCCCGCGAGCCAGGCAGAGACAGACAAGAUGUCAGGUACGUCCGCUCCCAGCCCCUCACUGCCUCCCCCCAGCAGCGGCCUGGCCCCGGAGGCCGGCCCCGGCCAGCCCGGCAGGCCCCCCGCCAGCGCCAGCGGCGACUGCGAAGGUCCAGAGCGCGAAGCCGAGCCCAUCCCCAAGAUGAAGGUGAUGGAGAGCCCCAGGAAAUCGGCCGGCAGCGCCCCCGGGGCAGGCCAGGACGGAAAUGCCAAGGACACGCGGGGACACCUGGGCUCCCUGCCCCUGGGAAAGCCCAGGCCCGGGGCCAUCUCGCCUCUGAACUCGCCUCUCUCCACCGCGUUCCCUUCUCCCUUCGGCAAGGAGCCCUUCGCCCCCAGCAGCCCACUGCAGAAGGGGGGCUCCUUCUGGAGCUCCAUCCCUGCCUCCCCCGCCAGCCGGCCAGGCUCCUUCACCUUCCCGGGGGACAGUGACUCCCUCCAGCGACAGACGCACCGCCACGCGGCCCCCAGCAAGGACACGGACCGCAUGAGCACGUGCUCCUCGGCCAGCGAGCAGUCCGUGCAGUCCACACAGAGCAACGGGAGUGAAAGUAGCAGCAGUAGCAACAUCUCCACCAUGUUGGUGACACACGAUUACACGGCCGUGAAGGAGGAUGAGAUAAACGUCUAUCAAGGAGAGGUCGUUCAAAUUCUGGCCAGCAAUCAGCAGAACAUGUUUCUGGUGUUCCGAGCCGCCACUGACCAGUGCCCUGCCGCCGAGGGCUGGAUUCCGGGCUUCGUCCUGGGCCACACCAGUGCAGUCAUCCUGGAGAAUCCCGAUGGGACUCUCAAGAAGUCAACAUCUUGGCACACAGCACUCCGUUUAAGGAAAAAAUCUGAGAAAAAAGAUAAAGACGGCAAAAGGGAAGGCAAGUUAGAGAACGGUUAUCGGAAAUCACGGGAAGGACUCAGCAAUAAGGUAUCUGUGAAGCUUCUCAACCCCAACUACAUUUAUGACGUUCCCCCAGAAUUCGUCAUUCCGUUGAGCGAGGUCACGUGUGAGACAGGGGAGACCGUUGUUCUUAGAUGUCGAGUCUGCGGCCGCCCUAAGGCCUCAGUCACCUGGAAGGGCCCUGAGCACCACACCCUGAACAACGACGGUCACUACAGCAUCUCCUACAGUGACUUGGGAGAGGCCGCGCUGAAGAUUGUAGGCGUGACCACGGAAGACGACGGCAUGUACACGUGCAUCGCUGUGAAUGAUAUGGGUUCGGCCUCGUCUUCAGCCAGUCUGAGGGUUCUAGGUCCAGGGAGUGAUGGGAUCAUGGUGACCUGGAAGGACAACUUUGACUCCUUCUACAGUGAAGUGGCGGAGCUCGGCAGGGGCAGAUUCUCUGUCGUCAAGAAGUGUGAUCAGAAAGGAACCAAACGAGCAGUGGCCACUAAGUUUGUGAACAAGAAGUUGAUGAAGCGUGACCAGGUCACCCACGAGCUCGGAAUCCUGCAGAACCUCCAGCACCCCCUCCUUGUAGGCCUUCUGGACACCUUUGAGACCCCCACCAGUUACGUCUUGGUGUUAGAAAUGGCUGACCAGGGUCGCCUCCUGGACUGCGUCGUACGAUGGGGAAGCCUCACCGAAGGGAAGAUCCGAGCGCACCUGGGGGAGGUGCUGGAAGCUGUCCGAUACCUUCACAACUGCAGGAUCGCACACCUGGACCUAAAGCCUGAAAAUAUCCUGGUGGAUCAGAGCUUAGCCAAGCCAACGAUUAAACUGGCUGACUUCGGAGAUGCUGUCCAACUCAGCACGACCUACCACAUCCACCAGCUACUGGGGAACCCCGAGUUUGCAGCCCCCGAGAUCAUCCUCGGGAACCCCGUCUCCCUGACCUCAGACACGUGGAGUGUUGGAGUGCUCACAUAUGUCCUUCUCAGCGGUGUGUCCCCCUUCCUGGACGACAGCGUGGAAGAGACCUGCCUGAACAUUUGCCGACUAGACUUUAGCUUCCCGGAUGACUACUUUAAAGGAGUGAGCCAGAAGGCCAAGGAGUUCGUGUGCCUCCUCCUGCAGGAGGACCCGGCCAAGCGGCCCUCGGCUGCGGUGGCGCUGCAGGAGCAGUGGCUGCAGGCGGGCAGCGACGGCACCGGCAAAGGCACGGGCGUCCUCGACACGUCCAGACUGACCUCCUUCAUUGAGCGGCGCAAACACCAGAAUGAUGUUCGACCUAUUCGUAGCAUUAAAAACUUCUUACAGAGCAGGCUUCUGCCUAGAGUUUGACCUGUCCUGAAGUUCUCUCUCAUUCUCUUUCACCUGCCAAUCAGCUGUUCAUUUGAAUUGUGAAGAGACAAAAACAAAAACCGUCACUGAUCAGCUGCCGGUCUGUUCAUCGUGUGAACUUGCAUUCCAAGUGAGCUGCGCUCAGCGGGCUUGGCCUGGGCUCUGAGCUUUGCGGGGGUGGAGGCCUGCAGUUCACUCUGCCAGAGGCAGAGGGCGCGUUGCUGGACCACAGUGUUUUAUUCAGGUUUCUGCAAAAAAAAAAAAAAAAAAAAAAGAUAACUUUUUUAAACGAACAUGAAUAGAAUUUUGCAAAUUUAACGUUUUCAAGAUUUAUCCAAGGAAACACAAUGCCUAUGUUCAGCCACUGGUGUUAACGAACAAAACCAAGAUACUGUACAUCUCUGGGGAAGACUCACCCAGGUGGCCUCAUCUCGUGCCCGGGGCCCACCUGGCUCAGAGCUUUCCCAGCAGCCUCGUCUGUGUGCAUCUUACCAGACACAGACCUGGCUUCUGAAACGUGCAUUCAACCUCAAACUUUUGCAUAAAAUAGAAUGAAUCGUUUUGCUCUGAUGAAAUGUAGGCCUUACUUGUAUAUAAGACUGUUCCUGCCUUCGGUCUGUCAUUUCUCCUAGACCUCCCUUCUCCCUUCCACUCCCAACCCACUGCCUGGGGCUUCCUCAGGGGGAGUCCAAGGGUCUGUCCCCUCAGAUGAAGCCAUCGGGCUGGGUCCGCCUCCUGCCCAGUCCCUCCUUCCCCGCCCAUUCCCAUCCCCAAGCCCUCAAUCAGGUUGUGGAGCAGUAUACAGUCAGAUGAAAAUACUGUAAAUGCACUCAUCGGGGUUUUGGUUUUAUUUCCUAUCAUGUGCAAUGUUGUGGCUUUAACAUUUUAUGCAACUAUUUAUGAAGACCUCUGUUGUACCUGUAAUAAAUAUAUAGAGAAAGCA